AUGAAGCAGGGGCUGACGGGCCAGACCUCGCCGCCCUCAGUUAUCUACAUCCCGAGCAACAACAUCUACCGCCGCUUCACCUUCAACGUCGCCAUCCAGAAGCUCCUCAAGUCCUACCCGUCCCUCAACACGCUCAAUAUCACUGAUUGCAAGUUCGGUGGAGACUUCGAGCUGGAGUACAUUGAAAUCUGCCAAAAGAACCCGUCGCUCACCAACCUCGAGUUCCGCAAUACUUCCGGGAAGCGCAACGUGCACGACAGCCUGUUCUCCGUGGUCUCCAAACUGCCCAUUCACAUUCGCUCGCUCACUUUGGACAACAUUCUUUCCAAGGUGCUGCAGACACGUCAGCAGAUCACCAGCAUCGACCUCUCCAACAACCCCUUCUACACGCCGCAGAUGACGGUCCUGAUCAAGUGCCUGUCGUCGACGUACCUCGAGCACAUCAACCUCACCGGCUGCUCGGUGAGCGACGAGCAGGCCUGCCUCCUCUUCGCCGCACUGGCGGAGAACCAAACCGUGGGAUCGCUCAACCUGUCGCACAACCACAUCUCACGCCCCUCGGUGGAGCACAUCGCCCAGUUCCUGUUGCGGAGGGUGGAUAUCAUCUUCAGCGCGCUGUCCGGGACCAACCAGAAGGAGCUGCAGGUGCUCAACCUGGAGGACAACAAGAUCGGCCACGCGUCGGUCUACGCCCUCUGCAAGUUCCUCCAGUACAACCACUCCCUCACCGACCUCAACCUCGCCAACAACAAGUUCCGCGAAGAUGACGGCAAGAUGAUCUUGAUGGCGCUGCCGCAGAAUCGCACGCUGCAGCAGUUCAAGCUGAGCCGCACCAACAAGGCCCUGGGCGUCAUCAGCGUCGGUAUCGCUGCCAAGGACGCCGAGGCCAUCGAAGAGAUCCUCGACCGCAACCGAAUCGAGAGCGUGCAGAUGAACCGGGGCAACGGCGACAAGCGGCGCACGUUCGGGAACUUCCAGAAGGACUACUCCGAGUACCUCGUCCAGCUCAUGCAGAUGCUGUGUGUGCCCCACGCGCUCGCCGACAUCGAGAAGAAGGCGGAGUAUCAGCAGUGUCUGGACUUCGCCAGGGCUUGUCUGGAGAAAGGCUACGACGUCGACGAGUUCACGCGCAACAGCCACUUCAAGUACGUGAUCGGCCAGAACGUCACAUUCCUCAAGCAUGCCGCAUACCUGCUGGCGCUGGUGGGCGAGAUCCGGCUCAGACUGCAACACCUGAGCACGCUGGAGGCCACCAAGGAGGGCUAUCUCUUCAAGCGCGGCGGCCGCAGAAAGAACUGGAAGAAGCGGUACUUCUCGCUGAACGGGCUGUUCGUGUUCUACUACGUCAACCACCAGCAGCGCACGAAGCGGAAGGGCAUCAUCGUGCUCGAGGAGGCCUCCAUCCGCCUCGGCUCCGUGCACGGCAUGAUGGCCAAGUACGCCUUUGAGGUCGUCACCCCCAACCGCAUCUGGAUCCUCUGCUGCGACUCUGCCGAGGACAUGGACGCGUGGGUGGACGCGAUCCAGAAGGUGAAGGAGGUGCAGGCCAACAAGGUGCUGAAGAGUCAGCUGGAGGAGAUCAAGAACGGCGUUGCGGCCUUCGCCGGCGUCUACGACACCUACAACAUCAAGUACCCCGAUCCCCAUAGGAAAUGGAUUUUGCAGUGGUGGUUCCCACAGUGCCUCGAGGUGCUGGCGUUCUCGAUCCUGGGCGAGAAGCAGGAGGCCGCCGCGGCGGUCGAGGGCACCGGCAACGGCACCAACAGCGGCCGCGAGAAAUUGUCGGCCUCGACCUCGAGCCUCGAGUCGAGCCUCUCGCGCGAGGGCAAGCGGAACUUCAUUGACAAGCUCAUCAACCAAUUCGUCGUCAAUUCGGGCAUCGCCUUCUACCUUCUCACGGGAGAUUACCUGUUCGAUGACAAGAUGGUGCGCAGCGUCGACGGGGUGUUCCAACCCAGCCUGACGCUGGCCAACCACUACAAGCACAUCCAGCAUCUAAAGUCGGCCGUGCACGAGUCGCUGCGGUCCAGUGUGGCCAAGGGGCCGUUCGACCAGCAGAGCGUCAACGCCCUCAUGCAGUCCUACUCGGCCUUCAAGAGCGCCCAAAGCCCGGAGACGCCCCACAAGUGCCUCGAUCUGCAGGGCGUGCUCUACACAAUCCUCAACGAACUCUCCGACACGGUGCUCAACCAACUGCUGUUCCUCAACAAGCACUCCAUCCGCGAGAUCAGCUCCCAGUACUCCGACAUGCCGUCGGACGGGGCGGAGAAGAAUGUGUCGGUGCGUACGGUGAUGGCGGCGUGGCGCAUGUCGACCCGCUACCAGUUUGUGCCCUACCUGAGCGACCCCGAGGACUUCAUCUUCUUCGACCUCCACAACCUGCCGUCGGAUCCGGGCAAGGCGCAGAAGAUGAUGCACGCGUCGGUGGGACACAUGCGCGCGGCGGACGACUUCCUGGUAAGCCUCAUGUGCUGCUCGGGCCUCCAGUCCCUCCAGAAGCCCAUGGAGCGCCUCCUCGUCGCCAUUCACUGGCUCAAGAUGCACUGGCCCGGAGAGGAGAAGCAGCUGUUUGCGAUGGACGAGAGGGACUCGUCGAUGGCGGUGCGGCUGGCGUUCAUCGUGCGCGCCUUCCUGGCGCCGGUCAAGGAGGCCCACAUCUCCAUGCACAACCUCGACGUCUACGACUACUGGACCGAGUUUUGCCGUCUGGCAACCGACGUGGUCUCCCACAUCGCCCUUUCUGCUCGCCAGGGGAUCAGCAAGCAACACCUGCAGGAACCGUUGGAGCUGAUGACGACGAUGUGUACCGAGGCCGUGCGGGAGCUGGUGCUGACCCUCUACGCACCGCCGCCCGCCUCGGGCGUCGAGGGCGUCGCCGGCUCGCAGAUCCUGCACGCCGCCAGGAAGUACUGA